UUGAAAGGCAGCAAAAACUAAUAAGAGAAGAGAUAAUCAAAGGAUUGAGAUUAGGGAAAUGGAUCAGAUGUUGAACAAGGUGGGCACCUACUGGGUCGGCCAUAAGGCCGAGAAGCAACUCGAUUCCGUCGGCAACGAAAUCGAACAAAUCUCAAACACUAUCGAAGGAGGAACCAAAUGGCUGGUUAAUAAAAUCAAAGGGACAAUACAAAAGCCAUUGCCGGAGCUGUUAAAAGAGUAUGAGCUGCCGACAGGUGUCUUCCCUCGCGAUGCCACCAACUACGAAUUCGAUGAAAAGACGGGGAAGCUUACGGUCUUCAUCCCGACAAUAUGUGAAGUGGGAUACAAGGACUCAUCCGUGCUGCGCUUCUUCACCGAAGUGAGUGGGAAUUUGGAGAAAGGGAAGCUAACAGAAAUAGAGGGUAUGAAGACGAAGGUGAUCAUAUGGAUAAAAGUAUCUGCCAUCGCAUCUGAUGGAUCGAAGCUGUAUGUCACUGCUGGAAUAACCAAAACCAGGAGCAGAGAUGCGUACGAGGUUUCCAGGGAUGGUAUAGGUGUUGAUAAGUUCUAG